CCAUGGGUGGCGAAGCGGAGGGUUUCCUUCCUCAACGAUGACUCAGCGCUCUCUCCAACGAUAGGCCCACGUUACCCACGCGACCUCUUCCCACCAAUCAGCGGAAAACGCGCUGAUCGCCCGCUGGACAGUUUUACGACAAACUCGUAUGUGUGCGUCUCAAGACAACCACUGUCAUAGAACCAGGAAGAAGGAAGGUGGGAUAGCCCCCCAAAAAGAUUCCAUCUCAAAUUAGUCGCAGAAUUCUCCCUAGAAAACCAUGGGGCUCGGCAGGUGGACGAUCGAAGUGGUGGUCCUGACGACUGUUUUUAGUUCAUUGCUGCUAGUUCGAGCAGAUGAACACGACCACAAGUACACAGAUAAAGAGGAGGUGGUUCUGUGGAUGAAUACAGUGGGCCCUUAUCACAACCGACAGGAGACCUAUAAGUACUUCUCCCUACCGUUCUGCGUGGGCACCAAGAAAACUAUUAGUCACUAUCAUGAGACGUUAGGAGAGGCGCUGCAGGGGGUUGAAUUGGAGUUCAGCGGUCUGGACAUUACGUUCAAAGAGGAGGUGAUGCAGACAACAUACUGUGACAUUGAACUUGACAAACCUAAAAGAGAUGCGUUUGUCUAUGCCAUCAAGAACCACUACUGGUACCAAAUGUACAUAGAUGACCUUCCCAUCUGGGGAAUUGUUGGUGAAGCUGAUGAGAAUGGUGAGGACCAUUAUCUCUGGACUUACAAAAAGCUGGAGAUUGGAUACAAUGGGAAUAGAAUUGUGGAUGUUAACCUGACCAGCGAGGGGAAGGUCAAGCUUGUGCCAAACACAAGAAUUCCCAUGUCAUACUCAGUGAAGUGGAAGAAAUCUGAUGUGAAAUUUGAGGAUAGGUUUGACAAGUACCUUGAUCCAUCCUUCUUUCAACACAGAAUUCACUGGUUCUCAAUAUUUAACUCUUUCAUGAUGGUGAUUUUCCUGGUUGGUCUUGUUUCAAUGAUCCUGAUGAGGACAUUAAGGAAAGACUAUGCCAGAUACAGCAAAGAAGAGGAAAUGGAUGACAUGGAUCGUGAUCUUGGUGAUGAAUACGGAUGGAAGCAGGUUCAUGGUGAUGUGUUCAGGCCAUCCAGCCAUCCGCUGAUCUUCUCCUCCCUUGUUGGCUCUGGCUGUCAGAUCUUCUCUGUUUCCCUCAUAGUCAUCAUUUUGGCCAUGAUUGAGGACUUGUAUACAGAGAGAGGGUCCAUGCUGAGUACAGCCAUAUUUGUUUAUGCUGCCACGUCUCCAGUCAAUGGCUACUUUGGUGGAAGUCUAUAUGCAAAACAAGGAGGGAGGAGAUGGAUAAAGCAGAUGUUCAUUGGAGCUUUUUUGAUUCCUGCCAUGGUGUGUGGCACAGCAUUCUUCAUCAACUUCAUCGCUAUCUACUACCAUGCCUCCAGAGCCAUCCCAUUCGGCACCAUGGUUGCAGUGUGCUGUAUCUGUUUCUUUGUAAUUCUACCUCUGAACCUGGUGGGGACAAUUCUGGGCAGGAACCUCUCCGGCCAGCCCAACUUUCCUUGUAGGGUCAAUGCUGUACCCAGACCCAUCCCAGAGAAGAAAUGGUUUAUGGAGCCGGCAGUUAUUGUGUGUCUAGGUGGCAUCCUUCCAUUCGGGUCAAUAUUCAUUGAGAUGUACUUCAUCUUCACAUCUUUCUGGGCCUACAAGAUUUACUAUGUGUAUGGAUUUAUGAUGCUGGUGCUGGUGAUCCUGUGCAUUGUUACAGUCUGUGUUACCAUUGUCUGUACCUACUUCCUUCUCAAUGCAGAAGACUACAGAUGGCAGUGGACAAGCUUUCUCUCUGCAGCGUCAACAGCAGUUUACGUUUACAUGUACUCCUUCUACUACUAUUUCUUCAAAACAAAGAUGUAUGGCUUAUUUCAGACAUCGUUCUAUUUUGGCUACAUGGCUGUGUUCAGUACUGCUCUGGGAAUCAUGUGUGGAGCCGUGGGUUACAUGGGAACAAGUGCCUUUGUGAGGAAGAUCUACACAAAUGUGAAAAUCGACUAGAAACUCUGCAGUGACGCUGCAGAUCAGCCGACACUUCCUCCCGAUCGAAGCGGGCACAAAGUCUCCAUUUAUUUUGCAAGAAGAGAUUGUGGUAUCUUGUACAAAAUCUAGUUUUCCAUUCUCAAUGAAUUAAAGGUUGCGGCAUGAAGCGUAAACAAGGGUAAAAUUAGAGGUGAAAUAAACAGGAUUUUUUAUUUUUAUUUUUUGUUUUUUUUUGUUUUAUCUGCUUUUUGUUUUUCCCUCUGGAGGAAAUGCAGGCAGUAAAGGCAGAUAAAAGGGGAAAGAAAGUACACCACAGCGUUGCUCCUAUUUCUUAUAACUCUAUCCCACCUAAAAAACCAUUGAACAGAUCUUUAUUGAUGGAAUAGUCUAGCUCUCUUCAGUGAAGAGGCCAAAGUGUAUGGAGAGCCUUUGUUCUAUUAUAUGAGAAUAUUAGACAGUGGGGUUUACGUCCAUCCUCUUGCUUGUCUGUUUUAUAUUACAGAGUCGUACAAUGCCAUUGUUGUAGUAUUGUUUUACAUGCUUAUGAAUGACACCAAAAUCAUAAUUUGGUUUGAAAUUCCAAAAUACAAUUUUUUUUCAUUCAUAAAUAAAUAGAAACAAUAUGAUGUGAACCAGUCAGGUUUUAGCUCUACCUUUUGAGGGCAUCUGUUUUCCUGUAGCUCAGAUCCACAGACCAGAGCAGAAUAGAGCUUGGCACAUCAGAUCGAGUACGCUAUGCGCAGCAGAUUCUAGAGAGACUGAUGAUCUGAAAUGGUGGUUUGGUGGCAGAUUGUUUUUAAUGGGUUGUGUGAUGUGAUAUUUCUUUUUCCAGUUCAGUCUUAUGUUGUUGUUUGGGUUUGAAUGAAGUCUGCUUGUAAAGAUAAUAUAUGGAGGGGGUGGCCAUGUAUAUAACCUUAAUAAUGUAACUGUAGAUGUAGAUCCCAAAUGUAUUUUGGUUGUACAGAUUUAUUAAAGGGUGUCUUUUCUUUCUUUUUUUUUUGGACAGUCAGUUUAGGUUUUUGGGGUGGGCUUGGUGGCACAGUUACAUCUUGCCUGAUAUUGCAUGAAUUUUUCACCAAAUCAUAUGAUCAGAUUCUGUUUGUUUGUUUUUUUAAGCAUCAUUACACUUGCGGUGACCCCCUACCCUUGUUCAUUAGCAUCUUAUAGAACGGUCUCAAAAAUAAGUGCUUCAUUGACUUUGUGCUGCUCAUAGAGGAGUUAGUCAUCAGCUUUUUUUAUUUUACUUUUGGUUUAUUUAAAGAGUUGAAAGGCUAUUCAUUGUCUUGGACAGCCGUCUCUCUCGUGCUUAUUUUUGUAUCCAUGAUCUAAACCAAAAUUGUGAAUGUCACACAAUUUAGGCACACAUGCUAAAUCUCUGCAGACAUACUGUACAAAGUGAAGUUAUUGUACACUUUACUAGAUGUUUUCAUGGUUGCUAAGUGGAGACGCACUUAAGACCAAGCUGUUGUUCUUAUUUUUCUUAUGUUCCAUUGUGUAAAUACAGUAUGUAAAAAAAAAAAAAAAAAAAAACGUUUGAGAAGUGGCAAAGCCUUUUUCUAAACCUCAUUCCUCCCAGUUUCAAAAAAAAUUGAUUUCUGGUUAUUCAUGUCAUGUUCCAUGUGAAGUCUAAAGAGACAUUUUAAACACAAUAUUAACUUGCUGUAAAGAGGAGAAAAUGAAAAAAAAGAGAAAUAAACAUUGUUUUUGAGGUUAUGUAGGCAUGGUCUAUACAUGAGGGAAAAGUUGACAUGAUUAAGAUUUCUGCCCACAGACAGCUGAGUACUUGAUGGGAACUACAAUAAUUACACAGGAAUCAGUAUGUAAUUGAUUUCACUUUUCAGUAGAAUAAACAAAUGGUGUGAUGGCAGCUUCAUCUGUCUUUAACAUA